CAAUAGUGGGAACAUUUCGGUGUUUUUUUUUUUAUUAUUAAUUUGGAGCAUUUAUUGUGAUGGAAGAGGAGAAGAAGCAGACGUCUGAAACGAUCUCCGAGAAUGCUCUGAUGAUUGUUAAGGAAGUGUAGCGUUUGCGGUUUUAAUGCUUUUGAUGAAUUGUAGCAACAGAACAUAACAUUAGCCAUCAUUAGCUGUUUAUAAUAAAUAGUGCAGCUGUUUGUUUUUAAAAACAUUUUAUUAUUUUUUCCUCAUCACAAUGAGGUUGUCGUCGGUUUUCUUGAACAUCUCUGCAAAAAUUGAGUAUUAUUCCAGAUUUUCACCAUCUCCUCUCUCCAUCAAGCAGUUCCUGGAGUUUGGAAGGGACAAUGCGUGCGAGAAAACCUCGUACAUGUUCCUGAGGAAGGAGCUGCCAGUGCGACUGGCCAACACCAUGAGGGAGGUCAACCUGCUGCCCGACAAACUGUUGGCUCAGCCCUCCGUCCGACUGGUGCAGAAAUGGUACAUGCAGAGCUUUCUGGAGCUGCUGGAUUAUGAAAACAGGAGCUCAGACGACCCGCACGCCCUGAACGACUUCCUGGAGAUCCUUAUCGAGAUCAGGAACAGACACAACGACGUGGUUCCCACCAUGGCCCAGGGCGUGAUCGAGUACAAGGAGAAGUUCGGCUUCGACCCGUUUGCCAGCUCCAACAUUCAGUAUUUCCUGGACCGCUUCUACACCAACCGUAUCUCUUUCCGCAUGCUCAUCAACCAGCACACUCUCCUGUUCGGUAACGACACGAACCCAGCGCACCCCAAACACAUCGGCAGCAUCGAUCCCGCUUGCAACGUCGCCAACGUGGUUAACGAUGCGUACGAGAUGGCUAAGAUGCUGUGCGAGCAGUACUACCCCACCGCCCCGACGCUGAAGAUCAAGGAGUUUAACGCUAAAGCUCCAGACAAGCCCAUCCAGGCUGUAUACGUGCCGUCUCAUCUGUUCCACAUGCUGUUCGAACUCUUCAAGAAUGCAAUGCGAGCCACAGUGGAAAAUUAUGAAGAAAAUAAAGAUGAUCUUCCACCUAUUAAGGCAAAAGUGACCUUGGGGAAGGAGGAUCUCUCUAUAAAGAUCAGUGACCGGGGUGGAGGCGUACCUCUGAGGAAGAUCGACAGGCUGUUUAAUUACACCUACUCCACCGCCCCGUCCCCCAGUUUAAACUCUAAACGGGUUCCACUGGCUGGAUUUGGUCACGGUUUGCCGAUCUCCAGACUCUACGCUCGAUAUUUUCAGGGAGAUCUGCAGCUCUACUCGAUGGAAGGCGUUGGCACGGACGCAGUCAUCUACCUGAAGGCACUCUCCAGCGAGUCAUUUGAGCGGCUGCCAGUUUUUAACAAGUCAGCGUGGCGGCACUAUCAGGGAGGCCCGGGGGCAGACGACUGGAGCAACCCGAGCAAAGAGCCGCGGGACGCCUCCAAGUACAAAGCCAAGAGAUAAAUCCACCACCACCAGUUCACCCAUCUCUCUCCUCCCCUCUGCACUCCGAGUGUUCUCUUUGUGUGUGUGUGUGUGUGUGUGUGUGUGUGUGUGUGUGUGUGUGUGUGUGUGUGUGUGAACGUACCUCAACACGACCUCUGCGCUUUUCCCCUCUUCUGAAAUAUCAGUCACAGUGCCCCCUGGUGGUGAGAGAGGACAGAGCGAAGAGGCCUUGACCUCCUGUCUGCAGUGCCACACAAUAAUAAUAAUAAUAGUCACCUCUCUCCAGCUGACCUUAAGAACAGAAAGGGAAAGUAGGGAAGUGUUCCACACCACACACAGAGCAUUUCAGUAUCUGACGCUGUGAGAUUUACAGGGUAAAAUAUUAGUCGGAGUGAGAAAGCCAUGAGAGAGCAGAGAUAUUUAACGUCUAAAGUACAGGAGUAGAUUCUUCAGAAGUCUGAUUCAGCAGAUGUGCACUGAUCGAUGGCUAUGUAAUCGUUAUACAGAACUCGAUAUCGCAUCAUUCAUUUCAGAAUAAUUUAUUAGGAUGCAACUCCAAGGGACGUGCAAAUAGAGCUGUGACUGCCAUUAAAAAAAACAACAACAAAGGUUUCAGGGUGUUAAAAAGGAAUAUAGCUUCCUGUGAAUAAUUAUUUAUAAAAGUGUUUACACAUCUGUAUGAUUCCCCGUUUUUUGUCGUUUUAUGUCACAAACAUCAUCUGAAGUUGAGUGUAAGACAUUUAAAUGAUUCCAAACCACUACCAGCAUGCCAGUAUGAACAAUGCAGCACAUGUGUAAAAAAUUUUAAAACAUGAUGGGAACUGUUUUUUGGUUUGUGCCCCCCCCCCCUUUUAAAAUUUUUUUUUUUUUUUUUUUUUCAUAUGUCUUGGAUUCCCAGCAUUCCUCAUGACGGUGAAGAGCGAACCCCAGCUGCUAGUGAGCAUUGUGCACAGCUAAUCAUCACGAUAUGUUUCGUUUAUCGGGACCAACCAAUUUUUACGGCUUUUAGGAAACCGUUCCCGUUCAUGACCUGCUAAAGGUUCAUUGAAGUUAUUUAACGUUAACUAGUUAAAAAUGUGACGUUAUUCCUCUGAUUAGCAGAAGUCAGCAUGUAUGUAGCGAGUCGUUCUUAAUAGACGUGCGUUUAUACCACAGCGCCGUUAAAUCCUCCAUUCUGAUUGGUCCGAAGGUGUUGAUUAACUUUCUAACCCCAUGGCUCUGACGUAGUGUCGGUUUGUCACCGGUUUAUAUUAACGCACUCGUCGUAAUACGUUAUCGUUUCUAUAGCUAUGAAAAAAAAUGAUCAUUUCUAUAUUCACAUUUACAGAAGGAGUCUCCAGUGCCAGAGACUCCGACAUCUUCAGAGCAGAGGAGUUUACGGUUUUGUCAUAACAAGCUGCGUCAUUGUUGUUGUUGUUUUGUUUCAGUUUAUAGCUGCUUUAAUGUCAGUGAGAACAGGAACUAACGUGUUUUGUGAACAUUACAUGUAAACUAUAAACAGAUAAAAAGUAUAACGUCGUUCAUUAAUACGUAAAAAAAAAUAUCAUACUCGCUGGCGAACGCUGUGGUAUAAGAGGAACAAAGCACUUCUAGGAAUAGAAUCAAAUAAAGGGUGGUUACGGUAACAACUGAGAAAACAUUCCCACUGGAGCAUCAGAGCACUGGAUUCCCCAGCAUGCUUUUAGCCAGUGUUAGGCUUCACGUGUUUUCGGAUCGUCACAGUUCCCAGUGUUAAUUGUGUAAAAGCGCUAAACACCGAUCUGAAUAAUUCACCUGAUAUUAUGCCUUUGUGUUCUUGUGGUUUAAAGUGGUUUAUUGUUUCAUUCUACUUCAGACUCUAAUAAAAGCGUCUCAGCUGCCUCGUU